ACUAGACUCGGCUUACGAGUCCCAUCAUCAUUUUCAUUCCCCGACGCGAGGCGACGAGACGAGACGAGAAUCUCUUCCUCUUCCUCCUCCGGCGAAGGAAAGUCUAUUAUCAUUCACAUCACUCUCAUCGCCACACCAAGUCUCCUUAAUAAUCUCCGUCGUCAUCUGUAAAUCCAUGUAAUCUCCUCCGUUGAUUCUCUACUCUCCUCUCGUCUCCUCUGCUUGUGUGAAGAAGAUUCUUACCUCACUGUAAUGUGAUUUUGUCCCGAUCUCUGCUCAUUUCCAAUUGCGACGGCGAUCGAUCGCUGAGUCAGUUGAUCGGAUAACCUUUUGAUCGUAAUUGUGUUUAAAGCGAUAGUUGUCCUCCUACUCUGUGAGCUUUUGACUUUUUUAUUUUAUUUGAGAUUAAUGCUGGAUCUCAACCUCAAUCUCAAUCUCAACCUAGAGAAGGAGGUUUUGAAUCAGAUGGAUGAAUCAGUGACGUCCAACUCUUCCCUAGUCAAUGCCGAGGCUUCCAGCUGCAUCGAUGGUGAAGAGGAGCUGUGUUCCACACCCACCGUUAAGUUUCAGUUUGAGAUACUCAAAGGAGGAGGAGGAGGAGGAGGUCGAGAAGAAACGACUAAGGAGUUCUUUCCUGUUGCUGCUAAAGGGGAUGGAGAUGGUGCGAGUUUUGUUGAUUUGAGCGGGCAGAGUUCCAGGACCUCCGUUGAUAUUUCCUUCCUGAGAGGAGGGGAUCAAGGCGGAGAUGCUGCGAGGGUGGUUAUGCAGCCACCGGCCGCACAGCCGGUGAAGAAGAGCAGGAGAGGGCCUAGGUCUAAGAGUUCUCAGUAUAGAGGUGUUACUUUUUAUAGGAGGACUGGAAGAUGGGAAUCGCAUAUCUGGGAUUGCGGUAAACAAGUUUAUUUAGGUGGAUUUGACACUGCCCAUGCUGCAGCUAGGGCGUAUGAUCGAGCUGCUGUAAAGUUCAGGGGUCUGGAGGCUGACAUCAAUUUCGUUAUCAGCGAUUAUGAAGAGGAUCUCAAGCAGAUGGCGAAUCUUUCCAAAGAGGAAGUUGUACAAGUACUUAGGCGUCAGAGCUCUGGUUUCUCGAGGAAUAAUUCAAAAUAUCAAGGAGUUGCUUUGCACAAGAUUGGCGGGUGGGGAGCUCAAAGGGAGCAGUUAAAUGGAAACAUGGUUUAUGACAAGGCGACAGCCACAAAAUGGAAUGGAAGGGAGGCUGCUUCUUUAAUCGAGCCUCAUGCAUCCCGGAUUAUUCCGGAGGCAGCUAAUUCUAAGCUCGACCUCAAUUUGGGAAUCUCUCUUUCACUGGGAGAUAGUCCAAAGCAAAACCUUAACAAUAUCGUAUGUGGAAGGAACUCCAAGAUGGAGAACCACAUGGCUGCAUCAACAUGUGAUACACCUUUCAAUUUCUUGAAGAGGGGUCCAGACCAUCUUAUUAACCGGCAUGUCCAUCCUUCUGCGUUCUUUUCAUCCAUGGAAAGAACACCAAAGGAAGGCUUUAUGCCACGGUCUUCCCAAAGUUUCCCAGCCAGGACAUGGCAAGCGCAAGAUCAGUCCAGUGGUGGAACAGCCACAACAGCGACAGCAUUGCCACUGCUCUCAAAUGCAGCAUCAUCAGGAUUCUCACACUCAGCUACACACCCGCCUUCGUCAUCCACUGCUACUUUUCAUCCUUCUCAGCCUUUCCUCAAUCUGAAUAUGCCAGGUCUUUAUGUCAUCCACCCAUCUGAUUACACAUCUCGAAACCACCACAAACAUGACAGUAACCGCUCACAAUCACCACCAUAGCGUCCUGAUUCCUCCGCCACACUCAAGGUUCCAAACAUCGCCGAAAGUUAGGAACAACUUGACUGUGGAAGGAAAAUCCCAGAAAAUAUAUUGCACUCUAUUUGCCAUUGUUUGCUUCUCACUCUUCUUUUGAUUUGUAACAUAUAAAAAAGUCAGGGGGUAAAUUACAAACACAGAAACCAAAACCCCCAUUUGUCAUAUUACUAUGAUGUCUCUGAGAUUGAUUCGGAUAACCUUGUUCAAACUCAAUGCAAUCUAUUUGUAUGAA